UGAUUACCAAGCAUCUUCGAAGGGGGGGAGAACUGUUUGUAAACAAUAGAGUUCUCUCCGCUGUCCUGCACACUGCUUUACAUGGCUCUGCAUAGCAAAACCAUGCAAAGCAGUGUGCUUACAGUGAAACACACACACAGCCCAAUAUCACACAGUUAACCCCCUUGAUCGCCUCAGAUGUUAACCCCUUCCUGCCCAGUGCCAUUAGUACAGUGUCAGUGCUUUUUAUUAGCACUGAUCACUGUAUUGGUGUCACUGGGGAUGUCAGUGACACCAAGUCAGUUCCCCCGCAGUGUCAGAAUGCCCGCCACAGUCCCGCUAUAAGUUGCUGA